AUGGCGGCGCAGUCCACCCUGCGUCGGUCGGCCGCCGAGGUCGCCAUCGCCGCCUUCAUCGAAAAGUACGGCGGCAUGGUGCAGCGACGGCUCAAACGCACCACCCGCACGACACGCCUGCUGGCCGCGCUGGCCCUCGUGGCCUCCAUCGUCCUCGGCGGCGAGGGCGGUCGUCGCUGGUGGCGCCGGCGGCGGCUGGAGCGCGAGCAGGGCUCCAAGCUCGUGCGCACCAACUCGUGGCUGCACAACAAAGACGGCUCGCGCACCAUCUACGUGCCGUAUCGCGACCGCACAUCCAAGGUCGUCAUCCACACCACCAAGCCGCUGACCUUUGAGGCGCACCGGCGCCUCUUCCUCAACCCGCCGCGCGUGUCGGGGCUGGGCGUCCCCGGCGCGGACGGCCAAGUACCCGGUGCGCAGACCAAGCCAGGUCUCAACCUGGCCUUCUUGCACCAGUUUUUGAGUCUGAUGAGCAUCAUGAUCCCGCGCUGGACGAGCAAAGAGGCCGGCCUUCUUGUGAGCCAUGCCGGCUUCUUGUUGCUGCGCACGUACUUGUCGCUUGUGGUCGCGCGGCUCGACGGUGAGAUUGUGCGCGACCUCGUUGCCGGCAAUGGCAAGCAGUUCUUGUUCGGGCUGGUCAAGUGGUGUGGCCUCGGCGGCUUCGCGUCGUACACCAACGCCAUGAUCAAGUUUCUCGAGUCCAAGGUGUCCAUCGCCUUCCGCACGCGCCUGACGCGCUACAUUCACGAUCUGUACCUCAACGAGAACCUCAACUACUUUAAGCUCUCGAACCUCGACGGCGGCGUCGGCCAGGGCGCCGACCAGUACAUCACACAGGACCUGACGCUCUUCUGCGCGUCGGCCGCGGGUCUGUACUCGUCGCUGGGCAAGCCGCUCAUCGACCUGUGCAUCUUCAACUACCAGCUGUACCGGUCGCUGGGCCCGCUGGCGCUGACGGGGCUCGUCAGCAACUACUUUUUGACGGCCAGCAUCCUGCGCCGGCUGUCGCCGCCCUUUGGCAAGCUCAAGGCCAUUGAGGGCCGCAAAGAAGGCGACUUCCGCAGCCUGCACGCGCGCCUGAUUGCCAACGCCGAGGAGGUGGCCUUUUACGGCGGCGCCGACAUGGAGCGCCAAGCGGUCAACCGCGAAUUCAAGGACCUCAAGACGUGGAUGGAGGGCAUCUACAUGCUCAAGAUCCGCUACAACAUGCUCGAGGACUUUAUCGUCAAGUACAGCUGGAGCGCCUACGGCUACCUGCUGUCGGCGCUGCCUGUGUUCCUACCGGCCUGGGGCGGUCUGGGCGGCGCCUCCGAGCUGCUCGAGGGCGUCGUGGGCAGCGGGAGUGGCAGCGCGGUCGAAGGCAUGCGCGAGCGGUCGCGCACCAAGGACUUUAUCACCAACCGCCGGCUGAUGCUGUCGCUGGCGGACGCGGGUGGCCGCAUGAUGUACUCGAUCAAGGACCUGUCGGAGCUCGCCGGCUACACGAGCCGCGUCUACACGCUCAUCUCGACGCUGCACCGCGUGCACGCCGACGCGUACUACCCGCGCGGCGGCAACCCCAACAACAGCGAGCUCUACUCGCUGUCGGACGUGCAGGGCACCAUGCAGAAAGGCUUUGACGGCGUGCGCCUCGAGAACGUGCCGAUCGUGGCGCCGUCGCUGUGGCCCCAGGGCGGCGAGGAGCUCAUGGAGUCGCUGUCGCUCAUUGUGCGGCGCGGCGAGCACCUCCUGGUGUCCGGCCCCAACGGCGCGGGCAAGACGUCCAUCGGCCGCAUCGUGGCGGGCCUGUGGCCCGUGUACCGUGGCCUGGUCAGCCGGCCCAAGAGCACGGGCGAGGACGGCAUCAUGUUUUUGCCGCAGCGUCCGUACCUCAGCAUCGGCACGCUGCGCGACCAGGUCAUCUACCCGGACGGCGAGGUGGACAUGCGCGACAAGCGGAAGAACGAGUACGACCUCAAGCGCGUGCUCGACGACGCCCACCUGGGCUACCUGCCGGCGCGCGAGGGCGGCUGGGACACCAAGAAGGAGUGGAAGGACGUGCUCAGCGGCGGCGAGAAGCAGCGCAUGGCCAUUGCGCGCGUCCUCUACCACGAGCCACAGUACGUGUUCAUCGACGAGGGCACCAGCGCCGUGUCCAGCGACGUCGAAGGCCUGCUGUACGAGGUGUGCAAGGACAAGGGCAUCACGCUCAUUACCAUUUCGACGCGCGCCUCCCUGAAAAAGUACCACACGUUCAACCUGAUCCUCGGCAUGGGCGAGCGCGGCGACGAGUGGUCCUUUGAGCGCAUCGGCACCGAGCGCGAGAAGCAAAACGUGGAGCGCGAGCUGCAGGAGCUGCGCGAGCGCCUGGCCAAGGUGUCCGAGUGGCGGACGCGGCGGGACGAGAUUGAGAAGGAGCUCGCGCAGGUGUGGGUGGAAGGUGGCGAGGCCCCGCUGGCGCCGCCGCCGUAUACCGAGGUCGCGGCGCUCGAGUCGUCCGCGUCGCCCGAGAAGGGGACACCGGACGUGACAGGGGAGACGGAGACAAAGGCAGAUGCUCUUGCUCGUGCGCCCGAGGCCGGUGUCGAGGCCUCUGUCGCAUCUGUCACGGAGACCACGGAGCCCAGCAUUGUGUCUGUCCCUACAGACGAUGCCGAGGUGCAGGGGCAAGCGUCUGCAUAG